AUGAAAUUCUUGGCACUUGGAUCCUUGUUGGCCCUGUCCAGUUUAGCUGCAGCUAGCCAUUUGCAUCAUGGUGCAGCUAGCAGUUAUGCCACAAUAGUCAAGCAUGAUGAUAGCUAUGCCCAUGGUUGGUCGGGGUAUGGUAUUGAAAGUGGCCACGGUUGGUCGGGUCAUGGUGACGGUAGUUAUAGUCAUGGUGGUUGGGAUCAUCAUGAUUAUCAUUCCCACCCUAAAUAUGAAUUUAAAUAUGGCGUUAAGGACUUAAAAACAGGCGACAUUAAGGAUCAAUGGGAACACAGAGAUGGUGAUCAUGUUAAGGGUAGUUACACCUUAAAGGAAUCCGAUGGCACCACACGUGUGGUUGACUAUCAUGCCGAUGGUCACAACGGUUUCAAUGCUGUCGUUAAGAAGUUAGGUCAUGCCCAUCAUCCCGAAACUUAUCAACAUCAUGGUGGCUAUGAAGGUGGUUUUGGUAAUCAUGGUUAUAGUCAUGGACAUGGUCACGCUACCAGUUAUGCUAAAGUAUAUUUACAUUAA